CUCAUCCUGGCCCUCAAAUCCGAAGAAGAGCGACUCACCAGACAACUUCUCUCACUGUGCAAGUUCGGCUGAUACUCCAACUUGCGAUCAUCACAGGUCUCCAUCACGAUGGUUGAGUAUCUGAAUACAUCCGAAAUCCAUUUCAAUCACGAUGUCGCAGACAGGAACUCAUUGGACGAGGCAUCGGAAGAAGGGAGCGACGACAGCACCGAGGAGUACUCUCCAUAUUCCGUCGAAGAUCUUGCGGCUAUUUUGACAGACUUCUACAAGUUUCUCGCGAACUUACACUACGAUCCUGCGGACCUGAAACUCCCUCCGCCCGAACGCUGGAAUCUCGAUAUUCUUCCUAAGGCUAUUGUUGAGAACAAAUCUGAGGAUGUGGUCGAGUUGAUGAGGCGGGUUCCUUACUUCAAGGAGAACGAGAAGUCUACGCAUGUGCAUUACAAGUCGAAAUUGGUUGAUUAUACCAAUGGGGAGCAACAUGGCAUAGCUGAGAAUGAGGAUGAGCUCGUGAAAGACUUGUGCGAGGUCUGGUGCUCUAAAGGUGGCAUCGUGGACCACCAGCGUCUAUUGGUCAUCGCAGGUGGCUACGAAAGUGGUGGUCGAACCUUGAUCCUUGAUGUCCUGCACGGCGAGAUCACCGAGGAGAUCAUUCGUCACAUCACUUGUCCUGCUGUCGAUAUCAAGGAGUUCUUCGAAAAAGUGGAGGAGGAGUAUCGAUCCCUCCAGCUCAUCCCCUGCCCCGGAAGAGAAACGCAGGAAGCUCAUAGGGUGCCUGAACGGGCUGAGGAGAUCUCCGAGGAGGAAGUCAAGGCGCAGACCGGUGAGUGGUUUGGGUUCACUGAUCUAGAUUGGCAGUUUGUCAGACAGGUCUACCGGCGAUGCGGAUGGCCAGAUGCUUUUCGACGUCAGCAGGCUGUGGAACUCAUCGGAGACUUCAUGGCGAGCAACAAGGAUCGAACACAUGAAUGGGAGCCAGCGUUUCGUUGA